AUGAAGCUAUCGUUUCGGUCCCUCUGGCGUCACCAUGGUGCGAAUUACAAGACCUCAACCGUACCCACCACCCCGGUUCUACGGAUAUCGCAAUAUCGCUUUCCCGCCAACAAACCCCCACCGAACAACUCUGCACAAGCCGAAGUUGAGGAAACCCUUUCAAUACAUUUUCAAACAGCUGUGCAAGACCUCAAAAGCCACUAUAAGCAUCUUGACCGGUCUGCCCGCGAACAAGCGCUCGUCCGCGACCUGGUACACGACUGGAAUGAACGGCGUCUGAUCGCCGCGUGGAAAUACCUUGAGAGCCAUCCUAGCCGGGCCUCGGAAAUGGUGAAUCUACUGGGCCUCGACUUUGGCGAGGAAACCCUCAGUACGGUGGUUUGGCAGGGGCUUCGCAAUCUCCGCAAGUAUCCGCGCCGAGAACGCUUUCCCGUGGUGGCGAGGGCACUGCAGCAGACGGGGAAUAGUGAUGAGGUGUUGGGGCUGGAUAAUUCGAUGUUUGAUUUGCUUCGUGGCCGGAGGGGAGAGGGCGUGGUGCAAUAG